UCCGUGCGGGCCGCGGCCGGCCAGGCCCGAGCACCGCGACGGGACCAGCGGGGCGCGAUGCGCGGCGCGGCGCACCGCCCGGGCCCGCCCGCGCGUCUCUUCUACCUGCCAGGAGGGAGCCGCGAGGAGGGCGGCGGCGGCGGCAACGACAGGAGCCGGCAAAGGGGAGCGAGAGCGGCUUCGGUCGCGGGAAGAGAAAAUGGCGUCUGCGAAAACUCCGCCUCGCGCUGGCUGCCUAGCGCCGCGGGGCGGAGCUCUCGCGAGACUUUAAGGCGCGCGUUGCUCCGCGCCUCCCAUUGGCCGUUGGGGCGCGCGGGGGUGGCGGGGGGGCUGCGCGCGGGAGGCACCUUCCCCCCCCUCCCAGCCCAACCGCCGGUGAUGGGAGCGGGGCUGCGCGGUCGCGGCCGCAGGGGGAAUUCACUUUUUUAACUGAAAAGAAAAUGUCUACAUCAAACAUUUCAGCAAGAGUGGAAACUUGGCUUUCAUCCACAUGGCAUAUUAAAGUUCCUAUGACAUGGCUGGAAGCAUGUAUUAAUUGGAUCCAGGAAGAAAAUAGUGGUAGUAACUUAAGUCAAGCUCAGGUUAACAGGCAGGUGUUUGAGCAAUGGCUUCUUACAGAUCUAAGAGAUUUAGAGUAUCCAAUUUUGCCUGAGUGCAUCUUGGAUGCCCCCAAAGGAGAAUUGUCUGGCUUUUACUCAGUCCAGAUUGAUUCUCUAGUUGAUGUAAGCCAACCAGCAUAUUCCCAGUUGCAGAAGCUAAGAGGAAAAAGUACAGUAAAUGAAGAAGUAACAGCCAAUACUCAGGCAUUCCAAAAACCCUGGGAAGCAAAGCCUACUCGAAUGCUGAUGCUGCAGCUAACUGAUGGGGUGCAUCAAAUUCAAGGCAUGGAAUAUCAACCAGUUCCUGUCCUCCAUACUAAUCUUCCUCCAGGAACAAAAAUCACUGUACAGGGUAAUGUUGCAUAUCGUCUCGGAGUCCUUUUGCUUAAACCAGAAAAUGUAAAAUUGUUGGGUGGUGAAGUGGAUGCUCUUCUAGAGGAGUAUAGUCAGGAAAGAGUCCUUGCUAGAUUGAUUGGAGAAGCUGAGAACCCUAAUCCUUUUGGACAAACUGAGCGUGAACAAGUUGUUCCAAGGCCUGCAGAUGAAUUAGGGCAAGUUCUGGGCCCCUCAGAUGAAGAGCUUUUAGCCAGUCUUGAGGAAAAUAAUGAAUUUACUUUAAACAAUGGAACACCUUUAGAGAGUGGGUAUUGCAGUAGAAACAAUAAUUUUAGCACAACCUCAAGUUCACACAAUGGAAAUGUUUUGCAAGAAGAUUUUAUAAGUUCUUUUCCUCAUUCAGAUGAACAAAUUUCACAUCCUGUAGACUAUGCCGAUGCCUUUUUAAAUGACUUUCCUUUGGAAGAUGACUUGCUUCUGGAAGAAGAGAUCCAAAGAGAGCUGGAAGAAGUGCCACCGGUUGUCGGGAACAGAAACGUAGGUUUAGCUACUGAGAGACUUCCAUAUAGAUCUACAAGAUCAUGUGAUUCAUCUUUGAAUGGCAUUUAUGAUACAGAUGACAAGAAUGAGAGAGAUAAACCUGUAGAAGUUACCAGCAACCAAAAGACUUUUGGAAGAAGAGUAUUUACUGGAGACGAAAAUAGUACAAGUAAUUCUUCACAGCAUAAUAGUAUUCACCAGACCAGAAGUUCUGCAGAUUUUUCUUUGAAUAAUGCUGCCAAAGAAGGGCGCAGUGAUAAAGAUCGAUCUGAGAGCAGGCAAAAAUCCGAGAACACUUCUGACAGCAGUCUGCUAAACAGUGAACCAGUAUGUUUCUCAAAAACAGGCCUAGAGGCAGAUCAGCAGAAACAUUCUAUACAAACCUUUCCUUGCAAAGUAGUAGGGGUGCAAGAUCUUGAUUUAUUUUCUCCACCUUUCACUUACAUUUCUGUUCUCCUUGCAAAAAAACCAGAAAUUGUUACAAUUCUGAAAGUCAAAUGUUUUAUUGUAACUCUUACUGGAAAGCUCACAAGCAGCAAUGGGUCCUGGGGUAUAAAAGCAAAAAUUUCUGAUGGUUCAGCUUAUCUAGAAGUAGAUUUUGCUGAUGAUAUUCUGACAAGUUUGAUUGGAUUUUCAGUACCUGAAAUGAAUGUAUUGAAAAAAGAUCCUACUUCACAUGCAAAGCUUAAGGAAGGUUUAGAAAAAUGUCAAAGACACCUAAUAGAUCUCUGUUGUUUGAUGACUAUAGAGUUUAAUCCUUUUCGGUCUAAAGCCACUGUAUUAAUUCUACAGGAUACUGAUGCAAAGCAUCUAGAACAAUUGAAGAAACGUUUAUAGGAAUAAUGUGUGAAAACUGUAGAGUGUGGAUUAGGAGCAUUUCAGUCAAGAUCUUCCCCAAGGGACUGUUAAAAUUUAAAGUUCAGUGAUUUUUCUCUCUUGAGGAAAAAUAGUGGAAGAGUGAGAGGAGGAGAAGAUGGGGAGGGGGAAUGUAGUAGUUUGUUUCUUAUGGUGAGCAUAUUUAAAUAAACUUCAAACAUGUUUGACUUAAGAAAUUCAUAUAUCACUUUUAUUCUACAAAAUUUUCCAUGUUCCUGACUGCUGAUUUGGAGUAGCAAAUUUUGUCAGGAAAUGGAUAAUAAAGAAUAGCUAAGAAUAGCUUAUCCUUGCACUGGAUGGUUACUAACCUGUUUUUUUAAAAUGUAGUUAUUAGAGACUGCCAGCCUCUUCUCAGAGGAAAGCCAUUAAACAAAGAAUUAUUGUUUAGAUGCAAAGUCACUUCUGAGUGUGCCAACUUGAAAAUUUAUAUGCAUAAUUAGUGUUCAGGAACCUGAAGUGAAGGAUCACCUUACUCUGAAAAUUCAGGUGAGGAAAAAACAUUGUAUACUUCAAUGGGAUAAAGAUCUAUGUACUUGUUUUAAAAAAAAAUCAAAAUAUUUUAAAAUAAUCAUUCUUUUCCAUUAAUAAAAGAUUACAUGGGGCAUCUUUGUCUUGUUAAAGCUAAUAAUUAACCUUAUUAAUUAGGUCAUAUUAUUUACUAGUCUAGUCUCUUCACAGUGUAGUUGUGUACUUGAUGUGCAUCAUAUAUCUUGUACAUGUACAUUGGCCUUAAGUUUGUGGGGUCUUUUAAUUUCUGCUUUUAGAAUAUAUUUUUAAGAAAGCUGAUUGAAGUUUAAAUGAAAACUGUGAUGGAAGUUGUUAGCCCCUAUCAAAGGAAAAUAUAUACUUUAUUGUGUUUAAAAAUA